CCCAGGUGCGGCGGCCGGGAGCGGAGGCUCGCGCCCGAGCUGCCCGCGGGGGGCGGGGAGGCCGCCGGGAGGAGGCGGGGCUGCGAGCCCGCCAGUGCGCCCGGGCCGCCGCCGUCUGCGCUCCGCCCCGCACGCCCCCACCCGGCCGGCCUCGCCUCCUCGGCCGCCGCGGCGGCUUCCGCCCCGGUCAGCGCUCCCGGAGGAAACGGAAGAAGGCGCAGGCGAGCCAUGGAGGGAAACCGGGACGAGGCGGAGAAAUGUGUCGAGAUCGCCCGGGAGGCCCUGAACGCCGGCGACCGCGAGAAGGCCCAGCGUUUCCUGCAGAAGGCCGAGAAGCUGUACCCGCUGCCCUCGGCCCGCGCCCUAUUGGAAAUAAUUAUGAAAAAUGGAAGCACAGCUGGGAAUAGCCCUCAUUGCCGAAAACCAUCAGGUAGUGCUGAUCAAAGCAAGCCUAAUUGCACAAAGGACAACACGACUGGUAGUGGUGACGGAAAAGGCUAUACCAAAGACCAAAUAGAUGGAGUUCUCAGCAUAAACAAAUGUAAAAAUUACUAUGAAGUACUUGGAGUUACCAAAGAUGCUGGUGAUGAAGAUUUGAAAAAAGCUUAUAGAAAGCUUGCUUUGAAGUUUCAUCCAGACAAAAACCAUGCACCUGGAGCAACAGAUGCUUUUAAAAAGAUUGGAAAUGCUUAUGCUAUUUUAAGCAAUCCGGAAAAACGAAAACAGUAUGACCUCACAGGCAAUGAAGAACAAGCAUGUAAUCCACAAAACAAUGGUAGAUUUAAUUUCCAUAGAGGUUGUGAAGCUGACAUAACUCCAGAAGACUUGUUUAAUAUAUUUUUUGGUGGUGGAUUUCCUUCAGGUAGUGUACAUUCAUUUUCAAAUGGGCGAGCUGGUUAUAGCCAUCAACAUCAGCAUCGUCAUAGUGGACAUGAAAGAGAAGAAGAAAGAGGAGAUGGAGGCUUUUCUGUGUUUAUCCAGCUGAUGCCCAUUAUUGUAUUGAUCCUUGUGUCAUUAUUAAGCCAACUGAUGGUCUCUAAUCCUCCUUAUUCCUUAUAUCCCAGAUCUGGAUCAGGGCAAACUAUUAAAAUGCAGACAGAAAACUUAGGUGUCGUUUAUUAUGUCAACAAGGAUUUUAAAAAUGAAUAUAAAGGAAUGUUAUUACAAAAGGUAGAAAAGAGUGUGGAAGAAGAUUAUGUGACUAAUAUUCGAGAUCAUUGCUGGAAAGAAAGACAACAGAAAAUAGAUAUGCAAUAUGCAGCAAAAGUAUACCGUGAUGAACGACUUCGAAGGAAGGCAGAUGCCUUGAGCAUGGACAACUGCAAAGAACUGGAGCGGCUGACCAGUAUUUAUAAAGGAGGAUGAACUGGAAUUUUAUUUAUAUCUUUUAACAUACUAUUUAUUUUUUCUGUGAGUUUAGUUUCAUCAUGAGAGCUAAAGAAAAAGAUUUGUUGUUAAAAACUAAACUGAAUAGUUGGUCCCUGAAAUUUUGGACUGUUUAUGACUUACUCCUUUAAAUAGUAAUAAACUGAACACUAACAUUAAUAUUUUAGUAAUGCUUCUGUAAUUAUUUUCAUUUUAAAAGCUUUUAUGAUUACUAACUAAAAAUGUCUCAAGAAAGGAUUAUCACACCUGUAGUAAUUUCCAGUUUUAGUGAUUCUCCAUUUUUUCCCGUUAUGUAAAUAUUUAUGAAAUGAUCAUUUUGUGUAUAUGUAAGUCAUUGCCUUUUUAUUUAAAAUCUUUUAGUGUUUAGCUCCAUGAGACACUUCAGUUUAAAUUGAUGGAAUAAAUAUUCGGUGACAAAAUUACAUGUUACUUUUUAGAUGUUGAAUGUGUAGUUUAAACACAAACUUUUUCAAAAGGAAAAAGAAAAUCAAAAGAUGUUUAAAUUAAUUUUCUGUAAAAUCUUGUAGCAUUAUUUGCUAUUUUAAUAUUGCCAUUAUAUUCCAAAAUAUUUAUUGAGGUAAAUGAACUGGUGUAGAUUAUCAAUUUGCUAUUUAUUUAGUUUUAUGAAUUGCUAAGCCAUGAAGAGAAACGAAAUGCUAUACGGAUAGAUUUUAAAGAAAAUAUGAGGAAAUGGCUAUAUAGAUAUUAAACAAAAAGGGACUUCAACAGUAAAUUGCAUUUAUGUCAUUUGCAAUUCCAAUUAUUAAAAUGCCCCCAAAUGUUCAUAUACAGGGGAGGGCAAAAGUAGGCUUACAGUAUUAAUACAAAUAAAUAAUACAUAAUUAAUGAAUAAUAACAUAAGAAUAAACUGUUUUGUGUACUCACAACUAUAAACCUACUUUUGCCCACCCUUGUAUAUGUCUUUGAAGCUGCUAAACUUUAUGAAGAGAACCAACAUGUUUCCUCCACCCCCAUGGAAAUUUGCAGUUUCUUCUUAGUGAUAAUUUAAGCAGAAUCCAAAAGUAAAUGGAUUCUUCUACAAAUAAUAGGAAAAAUUACUACUUUGCUUUGUGCCUUUUAAACUGAUUGCCAACUCUUAAAUAUAUAUGUAGAUUACAGCACACUUAUUUGAUCAGGGCAUGAUCUGUUUGGCCACAUGCAACAGUGAGCAGAAAUAUAGCAGCAGGUAGAAUAAUGACUUAUAGCAAGUUAUCCUUAUAAAAUUCUGAGCUAAAACCUAUUCACCAUUGAGAAUUCAGUUAAUCCUUUAGGAAUAAGCUCCUUGCAAUUAAAUCCAUAAUAUAAAUUUGAGAAAUCAGAUGGAAAUUGAAGUUUUUAGUGCCUAUAUGGGGUUUGAAACUAGUUGAUUUCUAAUCUUCUAUGUUUAACAUAGUAAUAAUUUUGCUUCAUUCUCAGUUAAUGGAACAUGAACCACAUCUUUGGUAAUUUUUUUAUGUGUGAGAGAACGCUAAUUAAAGUGUUCCUUUGUUUAAAGAUUUUUUUUCUGAAUGUAGUCAAUUUAUAGCAUCUGUUAAAACUUUUUAAAUGACCAUUCUUUAAAAAAAUCUGCUCUUGUACCCCCUUUCCAGAUGAAUCAAUAGAAAUACCUGAUUGAAUUAGUAGUUUAAACUAAACAAUAUAUUGUCCUAGGGAAAUUAGACAGCUUAACUUUCUUUUAGAAAUGCCACCUUUAAAAAAAAAUAGCAGCGCUUAAAAGAAAUACAAUUUUAAAUAUUUUCUUGAGUCCAUAUAAUGAAUUUUUUUAAAGGCCACAGCAUUCUAAUUAACUUUGAAAGUUCACAUGCAUCAGAAAACUUACAAAUGAAAAUUUUCAUCCAUUUAUUUUUCCUUUCUUUUAAAAUAUAUUUUGAUUUUUUUUUUUUACAGAGAAGAAGGGAGAGGGAUGGAGAGUUAGAAACAUCAAUGAGAAACAUCGAUCAGCUGCCUCCUGGGAUGUGCCCACAACCAAGGUACAUGCCCUUGACCAGAAUCAAACCUGGGACCCAUCAGUCCGCAAGCCGAUGCUCUAUCCACUGAGCCAAACCGGCUAGGCUAUUUUUCCAUUUUAUUGGGAUAUUUACAUGAUUGUGGUUGAUGCUCAUGUGACUAGACUCUAUUGCCUGAUUCUUUUUCCCUUAAUCCUGGCUUUAAGAAGGCAGAUGAAGUUAUAAAAAUAAAUAAAAUAUAUUAAGAAGUCAUUCAUGGCUUUUGAACAGUAUUAUAUUUCAGUUGCUUUUCUACAUUCUAUUAUAUUUCAUAAAAUGUUUGGGGAAAUGUGUUUGAUAAAAUUUUUGAACUGUGGGAAAUGACUGAGUGCCUGACAGCAUAAGCUACAUAUAAAAUAUGCAAGUUAAGAUUAAGUCCUUAAUGUUACCUGUGUCAUGGUGUAAAGGCCCAGCCAAGUGUGUUAGAAUUUUUGGUUAAUUCUACAAAAUAAGACGUUAGCUAUUUUAACACAUUGCGGACGGAUCACGAGAAUUCUCGCUUCAUAUUACAGUGUUUUACAAAGUAUCAUAUUUAAAAAGAUACUAGCUUGUAAGAACAUGUAACUUCAAAAUGCAAUGGGUAUUUAAUUUUAAAGCAUGCUUUUAACAUUUAUGUAAAACAUUUUUUGUACGCAUUCAAUAGAAACUUAUCCAGCCACUGGGUAAAGCUAGCAAUAAAACUACUGGUCUGCAAUGUGUUAAGAUGUAAGAUUUUCAUAUUUUUUGCUACUUUUAAAAAUCCAACGUUUUGUCAUCUUAGUUUUACCUACAUGAGCCUUGCAAUUUCAUUUGAAAACUUGUACUGUUCAUUUUAAUCAUUGCCUAAUAGCCCUCUUUAAGUAUUGCUUUACUAGCUUUUCUUACUGGUAUUUUAGAAGUUUGGCAGCAAGUAUAUUUAUUAAUGCUUUACAUUUUUAUCCUUCUUUACAACACACACAUAAACAUUAUCCUUGUGAGGAUUUGGGGGAAAGUAAAUAAUACCUUUUCUUCUACUUUUUUUUAUUCCUUAGUUCUCAGAUAGACAGGUGCUAGACAUUUACAAGUUUCAGAAUUUAUUUUAAUGAAAUCUGAUCAUUCUCAACAAUGAGAAAUUUCAAAGUAUAAUCCAUCUAAUAAAUGAAAACAAUAUAUUUUAGAAACAGAUUGCAUUUGAAUGCUUAAAUAAGUAGUUGUUUCAUAAUCAUUACAUGCUUGCUUAUGAUUUACAAAGAUCUGGUAGAGAAAAGAAGGUCCUUAAGGCAUAUAUAUGUCAAGGUAUUAAGCCACUCUGCCUUUGUGUCAGCUCAGGUGUUCUCAGAACAGGAAUGUAAAAUUCCAGCCCUUUACUUUAAUUGCACUUUUGUGCUUAAGUUUUCUUCCUGUUAACUCUUCAGUUACACUAGUAUGUAAAAUAGUUACCAAGAAAUAUGAUUAACAUCUUGAUUUCCUUUGUUGAUCUCCAUUAUUUUCAAAUGCAUCUGUUAUUUAAUACACUUGACAUGUUAAUAUUACCUAAUAAUGCAUUCCUAUAUAUUCAUUAAAAGUAAAGUUCCCACUUUUGUUAAGGCAGUGAAAUAUUUUUUGAUGUUGGCCUGCGGACCAAAUUAGCCAUUUUUCCAGUUCAGUAAGUAUUAAGUCAGAGGACUAAGAGGUUCAAAAGGAAAAUUAGUGCAUUUAGCUUCCCCAUAUGAAGCUUGGGUUUAGUACUACCCAUAUAACUAUCUUUAUACUAAGUGAAACAAACUAAAAGGGCAUUCAUAGUCUUUUUUCUUAUCAGAAGAGAAAAACUUCCAAAAAUGAACAAUAAACCAGAAUUUUAAUCUUGACUAAAUAGCUAAAAAGCCUUGUCUUUUGGCCACAAUGGGUUACUGCCCAGUUAAAAUCCAUAAAUUUUUCUAUAAACCAGUGAAGAGUCAUCUGAUAACUUCCCAAAUAUUUUUAAUGUAAUUUUUAAUUACAAAGGAAAAGUGGGUAGAAUGAGGAUCUUCAAGGAAUUCUUACAUAUUCCUUUAAUAAUCUGGGAGGCAAUACAGUCCUAGAAUUCAGGUUUCCUUUUUUGUUUUAUUACUAUUUAAAUAGGUACUUUCAUAUAAAUGGAAACAUUUUCCCUCAAACAUUAAUUCAAAACAUACUCCUUAUAUUAAGGAUUACAUAACCACAUUUUUUUUGUAAGUUCCCUGUGUGUAACUUUUUCCUGUGGUACGUGAUUAUUUGAUUUUAUUAUCUGCUGGUUUGGGGGCCAAUAGAUUUGUGAAUAGUCAGUCUGUGGAUGUGUCCAUGUAUAGCUGUAUGUAUUUUCCAGCUAAUACCUCAAAUGUGUGAUUUUUUUAGACCACACUAUGUUUGCACAGAGCAGAGCUUCCAUUAGCCGUGGAUAUUCUUAUUUCUAACUUUGAAAGCAGUUCACAGAAUUUCAUUGGUGUGAUACUUUUCAUAUUUUAAAACAGUUUCCUAUUGUAAGGCCCAUACUUCAAAUAUAAUUGUGUCUUUCUAUAUCUAGCAAUCUGGAAAUAUGUAGGUGGUAAGAAGUGUUUCUUGAAAUGGCUUAGUUUAGUAUGUUAUUGAAAAUUGGGAUUACUGGUUGCCAGGCUGUCUAGUAACUGCAUAGCAGAUGACACCCGGCACGAAUGUGAACAAGUCUCCACUUCAGCACAGGAAUCGGGACAUUCCUAUCUGAUAUUUGCCAUUUAAGAGCACUUCUAAAAUGAUAGGGAUUUUUCAAUGACAUUGGAGCAUUUUAAGCACCAAUUUCAAAAUGAAUUGUUUUGAGUUGGAUAACUAUGCCAAUGAGAGAAACUCACACAUAAAUGAUAUUAUAUAAUUUAUUUGUAUUAAGAAAUGCUUCUUACCUAUUUUUGUUUUGUUUGUUUGUUUUUUUGGAUUGCUACAUAAGACUUUCUAUUUAAGUUUAAGUCAUGUGUCUUUAAAAGCUGCAGGUAAUUUCCAAGGUGUGGUGAAAUUUUAAUGGAAGCCUUGGAUUAGUUAAAUGAAGUGAAACUGGUAAAGGAAAUCUUUAAUUUAUUUGUCUAUAGUGCACUCGAGAUUAUACGAUUAGAUUUAAAAUGAAAUGUCUGAUUUGUAAAAUAUUUAAUGUUAUAUCAGACUUACAUAAAAUAAAUUUUUCUGUGUGAGAACUGUUAAAGAAUGAAUUUUAAUGAAUGUUCUGCUGAAUGAUUUAUAAUUUUUUUCUUUCAGUCUCUGAAGUUUAUCUCAGUAUAUGAAUAAAAAGGUCUGUUCUCACUCCAA